UCCGACAUGUUGUCAAAGUCGAUAAUAUCAUAAUUAUCAUUAUUUUAUCUGUUAGUUAAUUAGUAGACUGUGUAUAACCUAUUACACGAACAUGAUCUGAACUAGUGUUUCGGAACCCCGAGACAGAAUCUAUAAAACUCAAAAUGGUACCCGAAGACGACAGCGAAGUGUUUGAAAUUACAGAUUUCACAACAGCUUCAGACUGGGAAAGAUUUAUUGCUCGAUUUGAAGAAAUUUUGCACGAAUGGAAGCUUGUCAACAGAGGGUAUCUACAGCCUGUUAGAAAGGGUGAUUUCCUAAAUUGCAAUUGGGAAGAAAAAAAUGAUGAACUCCAAUUUGCUGAUUUCAAAUUUAAAGUGACCUACAUGGUUUUAAAAACGUCAUCAUCUGCUUCCAAAUCGGGAAAAGAAACAAAAGAGGAGGAAAAUGAAGAAGACCAGGAUGAAGGAACACCAACAGUUUUCUCCGAUCUUAUGAAUAUGGAAAAUGAUUUUCCUUUCAGAGCUCAUUGUUUAUCACGCUGGUAUGGUCUUCAGGAAUUCCUUAUUAUUUCUCCUGCUUCCACUACAGAUGCCAUUGAUAGUGAAAGUCGGUCAAAAUUACUCCUCAGUUCUGCUUCGAUAGCGCUUAAUAACACUGGGUGUACUAUACCGGUUUAUGUACAGGUUCAACAGAGAUGGCGGAAACUGUAUUCAGGAACGGCCAUAGUACCCGGAGCCAGUGUAGAAUUUGAAAUGGCUCACUUAAAGAAAAUCCCACAGCAAUAUAACCAUUUAGCUGGUCUCCUCGAUGUCUUCAAGUCGAAACUUGGCUGUGUUUACAUUUCAAUGCCACCUGUUUCAGUUUCUGUCAGAUUCACUUACAUUUUACAGGAAUGGAUUCAUUGUCCCUGGCCUCAAUCCCCACCCGAUUUUUCAUCAUUUCUAGAAUGUGAAGUUGGCUGUUCUGAUUACGGGGUACUCCCAUUUGGAGCCUGCAUUGAUCCAAUUAGUGAACUGAACUUGUCAUGCACAUGGCCAAGUCUGUCAGAAGAUAUGAUUGUUGAAAAUCAUGUUUAUUCUGACCUCGAUCCUCUCCAGGCUCCGCAAUGGUCAGUCAAAUUACAAAUGACAGAAGACGCGCAAUGUUUGUUGGGCGAAUAUCUCAGAGAGUUUUUAAAGUUGAGUCAACACAAAGAAACAACAGAUGAAUUGUUGGGACAUAUUUUAGAUGAAACAGACAAAGACCAAGCUGGAGAUAUUACUCAAGCCCUUCAACGACUAACAGAGCCAGCAGUUGGCUACAACAUACCUACAUUGGGACAUGUCGUUUCCUCUGCUACCACCAAAUUAAAAAUGAAACCAGAUGAAGCUCCAAUUCCUGGGGAUAUACUAAAUGGAGUUUUGCUUUUUCUCUUCCCAGACGCGAAGAAGUCUGAGAAGUCUGAAUCGAAAGAGAAAGAAACUGUAGAAAAGAGUCCGAGAUCAUUGAAACUAAUGGAAGAUUUGUCUAAACAGUUGAAAUCGUCACCUGUCAAUGGAUUAACUCACAGAUUAGCAGUUUGUUUCUGUAUUGUCAAUCAUCACCAUGGAGGUUUGCGCGCAGUCGCUCAUCUGUGGCAAGAAUUCGUCCUUGAGAUGAGAUAUCGAUGGGAGAACAAUUAUUAUAUUGCGGAUGUUGAACAUGGACAACCUAACAUGAAGGCCAGCAUCUUGCACCAAAAACUUCAGAUGUUAAACUGCUGUAUUGAACGAAAAAUAAAACGAGAAAGUCUUGGUUAUGGUCAUGGUAAAGAUUUAGAACAUGAUCCUACUCCUACAGACCAUGCAGAUGGCAGUUCACGACCCUUGUCUCCGACCUAUCAGCGUCGACCGUUAUCAACUAGUUCAAGAUCACAAUCUCCGUCUUCUGGAUCAGUGGGUAAAAGACGUUACGAAAGCCUCGACAUCAGUUCCAGUGAUGAAGAAUUUUUUGAAUGUGAUACAGAACAGGGGGAUGAUGAAGCAGAUGGGGAGGACCAUGAAUCUUUCGCAGAUACCACUUCCCAUAAACCUGAUGGCCGUUUAGCCCCUAUAAAGGACCUAAAAUUAUUGAACUCCGGAGAACAGGUUUAUAUACCCAUAACCCAAGAACCAGCACCAAUGACUGAAGAUAUGUUGGAAGAACAUGCUGAGGUUCUAGCCAAGCUCGGAACAUCAGCAGAAGGAACUCAACUAAGAGCCAGAAUGCAAAGUGCAUGUCUGCUCUCUGAUAUGGAGUCUUUCAAAGCAGCCAAUCCUAACUGUAUCUUGGAAGAUUUUGUGCGCUGGUAUUCUCCGAGAGAUUAUGUGGUGGAGGAACAGGAAGGAGAGGAUGGUGAAAAGGUGAAGACAGGAACUCUAAGUCCGAGAAUGAAGAUUCCAGGAAAUAUGUGGGUUGAAGUCUGGCAGAGUGCUAAACCUAUUCCAGCUCGCCGACAACGUAGGUUGUUUGAUGAUACUAAAGAAGCAGAAAAAGUUCUUCAUUUCCUUGCUUCCAUGAAACCUGGACAAGUUGUCCUUCACAUGAUGCCGAUGUUGAUUCAUGCAGCGAUUGUUAAAGUUAUAGAAAAUGAGGAUCAGGAUACUGAAAAUCUCAAAGUUUUGUUAGAUCAAAUAAUGAACAAGGCUGCUAAAGUUACCAGGAGUCCAUUGAUGGAUGCUCGUAAAUAUGAAGACUUGGUGCGGAUGAUCGAAUUAGCAGAAACUGUUAUCGCAAGAGCUAAAUCCUUAAAAACUAAAUUCACCACUGAUUUGUUGGACAUGUCUAGCGCAGAAGAGGAACUUCAAGUUUUUGUAAAUAGUUUGUUACGUCAGCCAGAAGUGAUUGUUCGUGGUGGACCAUGUGGACCAGCUGGUUCAAUCAUCCAUAAACUUUUUACAGCAGCUCAACGAGCUUCGCAUAUGGUUCUUGAUGAGGAAGAAGGGGAAAUAAAACUUGAGGAACUUCAAAAACCAACGAGUACUGUACCUGACUUCCCGCGACCCUCUGCAAGGGAGUAUAUUUUACGUGCAAUGGUUCCCAGACCUGCUCCCUAUUCACGUGUUCUUCCACAAAAGAUGUACUGUGUUUUAGUGGAUGACUUUAGACUAGCUGGUGCCUUUUCUAGUGACACUACUUUUCAGUGAACUGUGAAUUUCUAUUCCACAUAGUGAUAAAUACAAUGUUGUGAUAAUAUUUUUCAGAAGAAUAUCAUCAUGUUAUUUCGGAUUAGACGACUGUUUUAUUAAGCUAAUUAUAGGAUGUCUAUAAAAUAACUGACUGAGGCCACACAAAUUUGAUUUUCUGUUCUUCGGGAACACCUGUAAAUAUUUUCCCUCUUAUUUCUUUGAGAAAAAGACUUAUUUAAAAACCAAAUUGUGCUGUUCAAAACCUUUGAUGUUUUAAAUGUGUUUCAGUCUUUCACGUGAUUCACUUAGAGAAAAUUAAAAUUGUGUGGCCUAAAUGAACCUAAUUGUGGCAUGUAUAAAUUCACAUUCACAAGAUCAAGCCUAGAAAUAAGGCACCUGUCAUAGACAUUGUCAGGCACACCUUCAGGUUUGUCCAACACAAUCCCUCUGAUGCCAGUCAUUCUGUCUGGAACUAAUUUGUAUUUUUUCUGUGUUUUCAUUGAAUUCAGUAAUAUAUGUCUGUCACAGACAUCGUCAGACACAAUCCUGCUGGUCCCCGUCUGUCACAGACAUCGUCAGACACAAUCCUGCUGGUCCCCGUCAUUUUGUCUGGCAAAUAAUUUGUUUUUUUUCUGUGUUUUUAUUGGUAUGUGUAUUAUUAAUACACGUCUGGCACAAAGUUCAAAUGUCUGAUAAUAAUUCAUUAGCUAAAACAGUUAUUCUCUGGCCUGAUAAGGCCACAGUUAAUUGUCUGUUUCUCAUGAAUGUGCUUGUAUGCUACAUUAGGUAAUUAUUAAUUAUUUAAAAAUUUAAAUCUUGUUUCUAUUUCAGCAAUUACUAAUGUCAUUGUUGUUCUUGCAUGAAACGGCAACUUUCAUAGCCUGUGAAGAUUUGGUACAAAGCUCAUUCUUGAGGGUAAUGAUAUCAAAACUGGCAAUCCAGUCUUUUUCAUUUUCUAAUUUUAUUAAGGAUAUUGUUUUUAUGCAACCAUUGUGAAUUGAAUCAACAUGUCAAGAUAUUCAUGAUAUAUGUACGUACAUGUAUAUUUAAUAUAUUAUAUAGAUAUUGUAUAUUACAUGGUUGUCAUAGUAUAUAUACAUGUAUAUGUGCAUAUUACAUGGUUGUCAUGGUAUACAUGUAUGUAAAUAUACAUGAACAUUCAUGUAUAUACAUUUAUAACAUGUGUACAUUUUAUGAAUGAAUUGUUUUAUUAAAGAUUAAUUUAUUGCAAUUUUGUUACAGUGGGAUAAUUGUGUAAGUAAAUAUGGUGGCCAUUUUACUACAGACAUAGCUUGACUUCAGGAUAUGUUCUGUGGUCUUAUGGAGUCAUCAAACUAGAUUGUACACAACUCUUCAAGGGAUACCUGUAUGUAUGUAUAUAGAUAGACUAAAAAGCAUAGAGAAUCUCAUACACUCUAUUAUUUGAAAGAAAUAUAUAUAAAUCAACAAAUAGUUUAUUAUUUGAUAAGUCAUCAAGCUUAAGUAUCCUUCUUAAAGGCUCCACGAGUCAUUUAGUGCUAUAGGAAUUCCUUGCAAACUACAAUAUUGUCAAAGUUUAAUCUAUAAUGGGAAUAUAUCAGUCAAAAAAUGGUUCAAUUAGGUUCAGUAUUUACAAAGUUAUGAUAAAUUGAAAUUUCAUUGAUCUAUGCUGCUCGAGUAUAAUCAGACACUGCCAUCUUUUUUUGGUAGCAGAGAAUCCUGAUGGGCCUAGUUUAAAUCAGAUUAAAUCCAAGCUGAAACUGUGAGAUUAUCUAGCGUUGCUAUUUUGAUAUUAAAUGUUAAAUACGGGUAAUCAAUCUAACUACAUAUUCAGCGUGUAUUGAGCCGUGAGAAAUUUGUUAUUUUAGCGAAAAUGUCUACUGUCAUGGAUUAAUUCUUCUGAGCUAAAAUGUGAAUAAGAGAUUGUAUCUAUUAUAGCCAUUUGCAUUAAUCCAUGCUAAAAAUGCACUCAGAUUGAUUAUUUAAAGGGACAUUAUGGAAGAUUAGAUAAAGAGCUGACAGUUCUCGCUAUAACACUAAUAACAGUUAAAAAAUAGGUAAUUUAAAGGGACUAUGCUGAAAAUUUUAGUCAAAUUACUUCAAUCUCAGCUGAGAAAUUCUUAUUUCAAUAACACUGUAGCCUCGAUUGUCAUUGUUACUGUUGUUACAAUAAUAAACAAAGGCUUGAUUAUCCAUUUUAUGGUAAAUCAUCAACUACUGUUGAACGCAGAUCAGAUUCAAAUCUGUUUAAAAUCGGACCCAUCAGAUGGCAUCGAUUGUUGAUUAUGGUCUGGUCAUGUUAAUAGAUGUUUAAUUUAUAGUUUAGGAAACAUUUAAGACCUAAAGAAAGACCUGCAAUGGGCAGAUUUAGCUCUUGCAUAAUGUAUGUUUAACAUUUAAUUAAGAAAACAAAACAAAAAUUUGAACUAUUAUAUCCUGGCUUGGAUUCAAUCUGAUUAAAAAGAGGCCAGUCAAAAUUUUUACCUGAUACUUUCUGUAUUAAUAAUGUUAAAAUAAAAAAAACAUUUAUCUUUAUCA